GCCUACUUGAUUCAUGUGCACUGCGAGCUGGAUCGUGAUUUGGAUGAUGAUGCCGAUAAAGAUCAGCCCCGGCGAGGAUGCAGCAUCUGCGCAUGCUGCUGUGGAUUCCUGCGAGGACUCGGAAGGCUCGUCGCCUUCAUUUUCUUACUGGAUGGAGCAGUGCUUGGCCUCCCGUAUAUCUGGAGGGGAUUCCCCUUCAAAGCUCCAAAAAUCAUCCAGGAAAACGUGGAGGAACUGGGACUGGAAGAAGAGGGCGAGGAGAACGGCAAGGAUGCGAAAGAGGCAAAAGAGAUGCUCUACUUGACCGAUAAAGACCAUCCCCAGGGUGCGACGGUAAUUGGUGGGCUCUUUGGCCCCUUGGACCAGCGACUCCUGCGCCCAAUGGAUCCUCUGGACGAGCUAAAGCUUUUGAAGCUCAAUUUCUUGGUUAUGGUCUUGUUUGCUCCCAUCAAUCCCAUUGGAGUGAUCUUCCAGAUGCUGGCUCGCCAGCUGGACCUGCACUCCCGGCUGCCAAAGCUUCUGAUGGUGAGACGUCGCGGCUUUCCAACUGACAACCGGCUGGCCCAUGCCAGCCAGAAUUUGUUUGGCCUCAUGAUCCUACCCGUUGCAGCACUGUGGCAUACAGGACUGAGCUUGGUUUCUGCAAACCCUGACCUACACACGCAACCGCAUGGUAUUGUUGUCAUUGUUUGGUUUGCCAUUGGCUUGGGAAUCUCAGCCGCGGCGCUGCUUGGCCAAUGGCUGGUCACGCGGCUCUUUUCCUGGCUCCGCUGGGGCAAGGUGAUGCUGUCGCGCGAAUCCUCUGCAAUCGUUGGCUUGGAGAAGGAGGAGCUGGAGAUCGAAGCGGGCGACGACGAGGCGGAGCGGGAGGAGGCCGAGGAGGCCAAGGCCGAGGCUGAGGCCGAGCGCUCCAAAGCGGAGGCCUUGGAAGCCGCCCCGUCUUUGACCCUCUGA